AUGGACACGGGAAGAGAAGCAGCGGCGGGAUCCGACGCUGGCAGUGAGUACGCCAGCGUCCUAAGACAUCGGCGGUACGGCGAUUGCUGUGGUUUCAAGAACCCACUGACGAACAGUGAGAUGCAGAGCUGGUUCGAGCGGUGGCGCGGUGUGCGUGGCAAAGGCGUCACGGUGACGCGCACCGUGAUGGAGGAGUCGUUCGACAACGCCUGGACUGCGUUCCAAGAACGGUGGAACUGCGAAACCGGACCUGUCUUCCGCAAGACCAUCGCGGCUCGUGAGGCAACGCAUGAACGUAUGGCGGUCGGACUGCUGGCGGCGCGACUCUGCGAGCUGUCGUGGGCGGCGGACCGGCACUGCUGUUACGUGCAUUACCUUGAAGGCUGUCCG